AUGUGGAGAGGACUGAAGCGAAGGAGCGAGGAUAUUAAGAGUUUCUACAGCAGUGUGCAUCCGGAACUCGAGCCGCAGGUUAAGUCAAAAAUAAGAGUUCAGAAGAGUUCAGGUCCAGGAACAAGUGCGGGGAACGGAACACCAACCGACGAUACUCUACCUGCUGCCCUACACGAUCCUCCAAACAUCAGACUUGCGCGGCCAGUACCGAAUCCAUCCUCUUCUAUGGCGUACGUACCUGCUGCAGAAGCCACAGAAUCAGCAUCAGCUUUGGCAGCAGCGGCGGUGCCCACGCGCGGCCCCCGCGAGGACAACCGCGGCGCUUGGCUAGAUGAGGUAAGGCAAAUGCGGCUCGGGCGAAGAGAAAAUCGGUGCCUGAAUAUACUGAGCCGUGGUUGGAGCGUUAAUGCGAUACAACUCUACAAGGACAUUCCUACAUACACGUACUUGGUGCAUGAAAUCUCACCUCUGUGGCUUUUCCAAUUGCGGCGUAAAAGAAAGAAGCCCCAUUGCUCUCCUGCUCCGCUGCUAAAUGCUUGUUUGUUUGUGACAGUGCAGUUAGUGCAACGGGUCAAUGCGCCAAUUUCAUCUGAACUCUCUAAUACUCCGGUAGUCUCUACAUUCGAACCGCCUCUCCAUGCGCCUAGUAUAAUGUUUUAUCUUGUUGGUGCCGUACUCUUUCCUUCUAGAACAACUGAUAACGCAAUUACUUGUCAGAGUGUUGCAAAAAUAGAUCCAACAUGA